AUGUCGGUCAUUCUGGCAUCUGCGGGUUACGAUCAUACCAUCCGUUUUUGGGAAGCAUUGACCGGUGUGUGCUCCAGGACAAUCCAGCAUGCAGACUCUCAGGUGAACAGGCUUGAAAUCUCAUCCGACAAGAGAUUUCUGGCUGCGGCGGGCCAUUUGAACGUCAGGCUUUACGACAUCCGCACUACCAACCCGAACCCUGUGGCCUCGUUCGAGGGCCACCGCGGCAACGUGACCUCCAUAGCGUUCCAACAGGAAAACAAGUGGAUGGUGUCGUCCAGUGAAGACGGCACAAUCAAAGUCUGGGACGUACGGGCACCCUCAGUGCAGCGGAACUACAAGCAUAACGCCGCUGUUAACGAAGUACAGAUCCACCCGAACCAGGGUGAGCUUAUCUCGUGCGACCAGGACGGAAAUAUCAGGAUAUGGGAUUUGGGCGAAAAUCAAUGCGUCCAUCAACUUACGCCAGAAGACGACACUCCUCUACAGUCACUGUCGGUGGCUAGCGAUGGUUCCAUGCUCGUUGCGGGCAACAACAAGGGCAAUUGCUACGUUUGGCAGAUGCCUAAUCAGACUGAUGCUGCCAAUCCCAAACCACUCACGAAAUUCCGAUCCCAUGCAAAAUACAUCACGCGGGUUCUACUGUCCUCAGACGUCAAGCAUCUGGCUACUUGCUCUGCCGACCAUACUGCUCGGGUCUGGUCCAUCGAUGAUAACUUCCAGCUAGAAACUACACUUGAUGGCCAUCAGCGUUGGGUAUGGGACUGCGCAUUUAGCGCUGACUCCGCCUAUCUCGUAACAGCAUGCUCAGACCAUUAUGUAAGGCUGUGGGACUUGUCCACGAGAGAAAUUGUUAGACAAUAUGGUGGACAUCAUAAAGGCGCCAUAUGCGUUGCUCUAAAUGACGUGUAG